GGCUAUAGAGACAGUAAUGAUUCGUUAGAUCACUCUAAAAUCAAACAAACACAGCACAUGACAGACGGCACAGCUCAAACAUGAGUUCCCUGGAUAAUCAGAUGGAGCAGCCAAAGCAAAAUGAUGAGCUGAGGAUUGUUUUGGUUGGGAAGACUGGAGUUGGGAAGAGUGCAGUAGGAAACACCAUCCUGGGAGAAACCACUUUUAUGUCUAAGUUAUCUUCCUCCUCUGUGACAUUGGUGUGUGACAAAAACAAAAGGAAUGUGGAUGGGCAAAUGGUUGCUGUCAUCGACACUCCAGGCUUGUUCGACACCCAAUCUACCCAAGAGGAGAUACUGAACGARAUCAAAAUGUGCAUCACUUUUGCUGCUCCUGGUCCCCAUGCGUUCCUGAUUGUGAUCCAGCUGGGUAGAUWCACARACGAGGAGAAAGAGGCGGUGAACAUCCUCCAGCAGAUCUUUGGCAAAGAGGCAGAAAAGUACACCAUAGUGCUUUUCACUCGUGGAGAUGAUCUAGAGGGAAAAAGUAUUGAAUCAUUCAUUAUGGGAAGUGAAGUCUGUGCAGAUUUAAAAACCUUGGUCUUUGAAGCAUGCCAUGGGAGAUAUCAUGCCUUCAACAACAGAGACCUCAAUAAUCGUUCUCAGGUCUCUAAGCUGCUUGAGAAGAUCAACAACAUGACCAUAACGGAUGGAAGACAGCACUACUACACCAACAAAAUGUUCCAAGAGGCUGAGAGAGCGAUUGAGGAGGAGAAAGAUAGGAUUCUGAAAGAGAAAGCAGAGCAGACAAGGAGUGAAAUGGAAGCACUGGAAAUUAAAUAUGAAGGAACCGCUCUGGAGGAAGCGAAGAAGAAGCUGAUGCGAGAAAAGGAGAGCGCCGCAAGAGAUAUAGCUGAAAGAAGAAAUCGAGUUUUGAAAAUGGCAGGCUUCACUCUUGCUGGAGCCGCUUCUGUUGGAGCAGCUGUGGUUGCCCUCAGGAAAGGGACCUGUGGAAUACAAUGACAGACAACAGUUUUGCCAGACUUUUAGUGUUUGCUGAAAUGUUCAAACCAUAAUGAUUAGGGGGAGCACACAUUAUACAGAAACACACUUAUUUGGCAUAACAUGUGCAUUUAAAUAAACGGACGAUUUUAAAGAUAAAAACAUUUGAGGUGUUUGGUCUGAGGUACAGUUGAUCCUAGGCUAUGUAAUUGUAGCAUAAUAUCAUACUUUAUAAGUUUCACCGGUACUGUAUAUCCAUGUAUUCAAUAUCCAUAUUUCCCAAUAUACUUCAAUACUUAUUGUAUUGUAAUUUUUCACUUUACAGUUUAAACUUGAAUGUUUUCCUUGAUAAAGUAUCAUUAAAUUAAAAUAAAUUAAAUGGUUAGAAAGACUUCAAUGAAUCCUAUUGCAUGCAGAAAUAUGUUUUUUAAAUGAAAGAUUCAGUGAAAUGGAACUGUAAUAAAAUAAAAGCUAAGACAAAAAAAUUAUUGAAUUAAGUUUGU